UUUUCUAUAAAAAAAAAUCCGCAUUUUCUUCAAAUUUAGCCUGAAAACCAUUUGUUGCAUCUAGGGCCUAAAUAGCAAUAUCUGAUAGAAUCUAAGCUCCCAAUUUCAAAUGCCGUUAUGACCGUGACCACUGGCCUUUCUGAGAUUCUUUUUACCCUUCUAGUCGUCGCUCACUCCGGUUUCUUCUGCUAAUGCGUGCUCGUCUCGGAACCAUACCCUUCAUCGCGUCCCUCCUCGAUGAAUGCUCAUCCACCAAAUCCCUCCACAAACUCAAACAGAUUCAUGCCAAAACGAUUUUGCUUAAUAUUUCAAGCCACUCUUUCGUCCGAAACAAGCUUCUCUCAGCCUACGCCUCCUGUUCCCAAAUGCGCGAAGCCCAUAUCCUCUUCUUCUUCACUUCUCGCCAACCCACUUUCCUCUACAACUCCCUCAUCAGAGCCUACUCUUCUCUUCACCAAUUCUCUCAAUCCCUCGCCAUUUUUCACCACAUGAUCAUUGCCCAAAGGCCCUUUGACAUUUUCACAUUGCCUCCCGUUCUCAAAUCUUGCGGACACUUAUCUCAUGUAACACUUGGAAGACAGCUCCAUGGAGCUGUUGUGGUUAAUGGGUAUUCAUUCGAUUUGGCAAAUAACAAUUCUUUGAUCAGUAUGUAUGGAAAAUGUGGUGAAUUGGAGUGUGCGAAGAAACUGUUUGAUGAAAUGUCUGUAAGAAGUUACGUAUCGUGGUCCGCAUUGAUGAUGGGAUAUGAGAAGUUUGGGAUGGCGUCGGAAGUUCUUGGUUUGUUUGAACAAAUGGCGGGGAUGGGGAUGGCGGUUGAUGAGGUGACGUUGACUACAGUUUUGACAACAUGCAGUCGCGAGGGGAUGGUGGAAAAGGGGAAGGAGGUUUUUGAGAAUAUGGAAGAAAGGUUUGGAGUGAAGCCUGGAUUAGAGCAUUAUACAUGUAUGGUGGAUAUGUUAGGGAAGGCGGGAUUGGUGGAGGAAGCUGAGGAGUUGGUGAUGGGCAUGGAGUUAGAGACUGAUCGGGCUUUGUGGAAUGCUUUGUUGGCCGCUUGUAGGGUUCAUGGGAAGGUGGGGGUGGCUGAAAGGGUGGAAAGAAGAUUUGUGGGAUAAGCUUGAAUGUGGCUUAUGGGAUUAUUUUCUUGGUAUGGAAUGGGAUUUCUGUUGCUACAAAAACUAUGCCUCAAUGCUACAGAAGCUGGGUGUUGGAUACAAAUAAUCAAUACAUUUAAAAUGUAAUCAAGGCGAAAUCCAAGGCGAUGAAGACAUAAUAUGGAAUACUUCGUUGAUGAUGGUCCACCUUCCAUAUGUAAUCAAGUUGCAAUCCGGCGUCAAACAUGUGUCCUGGAAGCUCAUGUAUCAGUGAUGAGGCUACACCCAAGGUUUUAUUUUGCCUGAUUUUGGCGUCUUUCUAUAAGAACCUAGAACUGUGAAGAUAGUCUCCUUAAAAUGGUUCAUUGCUUAAUAAUUCCUUUGGGCUGAUUUUAGCACUUCAAUGGCAAAUUCUGUCAUGUUUGUACCUUUGUGUUGUGUUAUAAGUACUCUGAUGUUUGCUUGCUCCUCAUAGGAGAAAGGACGCUCUCACCAUAAUUGCAUGAAAGGUCCAAUCUGUGUUUGCGUUAAA